GAGCGCCUUUGUGGGGAGACGCCGCGCCGGCAUCACCUCCCCCCCGCGCCGCCCGGGCUGGGGCCGGGGCUCCCCGCCGCCCCCAUGUGCCGGCUGUAGGGUACGCGCCGCCGCGCCCCUUCGCCCGAGGGGUUCGGGGUUGCUUGUUUUUGGGUUCCCUCCCCCCCCUUCCUCCUCCUUUUUUUUUUAACAGUCUAUUUUUGUACACUUUGCUAUAAAACCAUGGUGCUGGGGAAGGUGAAGAGUCUGACGAUAAGCUUUGACUGUCUGAAUGACAGCAAUGUCCCCGUGUACUCUAGCGGGGACACGGUCUCAGGAAGGGUCAGUUUAGAAGUAACUGGGGAAAUUAGGGUGAAAUCCCUCAAAAUUCACGCGAGGGGACACGCUAAAGUGCGUUGGACUGAAUCGAGGAAUGCUGGAUCCAACACUGCCUAUACACAGAACUACACCGAAGAAGUGGAGUAUUUCAACCAUAAGGACAUCCUGAUCGGCCAUGAGAGAGAUGAUGACAACUCAGAAGAAGGCCUUCACACCAUCCUUUCAGGAAGGCAUGAAUAUGCAUUCAGCUUCGAGCUUCCACAGACACCACUUGCUACCUCAUUCGAAGGCAGACAUGGCAGUGUGCGCUAUUGGGUGAAAGCCGAAUUGCAUAGGCCUUGGUUUCUACCAGUAAAAUUAAAGAAGGAAUUUACAGUCUUUGAACAUAUAGAUAUCAACACUCCUUCAUUACUGUCACCCCAAGCAGGCACAAAAGAAAAAACUCUCUGUUGUUGGUUUUGUACCUCAGGCCCAAUAUCCUUAAGUGCCAAAAUUGAAAGGAAGGGCUACACCCCAGGUGAGUCAAUUCAGAUCUUUGCUGAGAUUGAGAACUGCUCUUCCCGUGUGGUGGUGCCAAAGGCAGCCAUUUACCAAACACAGGCAUUUUAUGCCAAAGGGAAAAUGAAGGAAGUCAAACAGCUUGUUGCCAACCUGCGCGGGGAAUCCUUGUCAUCUGGCAAAACGGAAACCUGGAAUGGCAAACAGUUGAAAAUUCCACCUGUUUCCCCUUCAAUCCUUGACUGUAGUAUAAUUCGUGUGGAGUAUUCAUUGAUGGUAUAUGUUGAUAUUCCGGGCGCCAUGGAUUUAUUCCUCAACUUACCACUGGUCAUUGGCACCAUUCCUCUACACCCGUUUGGUAGCAGAACAUCAAGUGUGAGCAGCCAGUGUAGCAUGAACAUGAAUUGGCUUGGUCUGACACUGCCUGAAAGACCAGAAGCACCUCCCAGCUAUGCAGAAGUGGUCACAGAGGAACAACGACAGUCCAGCCUUGCACCCUUAGGUGCUUGUGAUGACUUUGAGAGGGCACUUCCAGGACCAUUGUUUGCAUAUAUCCAGGAGUUCCGUUUUCUGCCUCCACCCCUCUAUUCAGAAAUUGAUCCAAACCCAGAUCAAACCACAGACGACAGACCAUCUUGCCCCUCUCGUUGAAGGAAUCCAUAAGAAGCUGACUUGACUUGGGUUUUGAACCAUACCUGCCGUGUUGAAGGUCAAGGCAUCGUAGUGGAGACGCUUUCAGAGAAAGUGGUUUUGCUCUUGCCUGUAUGGUGAAUAAAUGAAAACAACCUGUGAUCAUGCUUUGAAGCCUGCAGUAACAUUGUAGGACUGCUCCACAUGCUUGAAGACCUGAGCUUUCCCCCCUCCCUCUUAAAUACUGGCACAUACUAGGAGCAGCCUUACUAACCUACAGUCAUGUGUGUCCAAACACUCAAACAUGUUAAGAGAGGGAUGGCUUCCUCUUAUGAUUUGGAAAUUUGCACAUGCUUAUUGCUUACAUUGUGCGGUUCAGUGUCACUACAGCUUUUUCUCAUUUAUGCCGGACUGUUGUUACCCCUUUCUUAUUUGUUUGUGGUCCGCACAAUAAGGAGCAAAAGAAAGCUUUGACAAAAAAAAAAAAAAAAAAAAAGGAAAAAAACAACCAAACAAACAAAAACAAACAAACCAACAGCAACAGACUUUGACAAAUGCACUGACUUUUCUUUUUUUUUAAUUUAAUGUAGCCUGGACUUUACCUGCAUAUGCACAUGCUCAGAAUUGUCCUAGUAGGCUGAUCAUGUAUCACCUCUUCAGCUUGGAUCCUAUUGUGGAUUUAUUUACAAACAUCAAAUGCCUUCAAGCCAAUCCUUCUUGCUUUAUGUUUUGCAGCCUACUGUAGUAGAUAAGCAACAGAUGUGGGGAUAGGGUGGGGGAUGAAGAGUUAAUAGACAGAAACUAAUAGACUUCAUCAAGAUUGUAUACCUUCUUGAUUUCUUUUAAGAAUUUGUUGCCUUUCUACUAUUAUCGCAAAGCAGCAUUUUGUUACAGACUGCCUAAAAAUCACUUAAUCUCAGGUGAACUCAUCACUUGCCAAACUGUUGGAAUGCUAUUUGUUUUGUUACAUUGCACUGUUAAGUUCUUUUUUGUUUUGUGUUUGUAUUUUGUUUUUGUUCUUUAUUUGAGAGGGAGAUCUGGAAUAGGGACAUACACAAAAGUUACAAAACCCACCCUCAUUCCCAUUUCUCUUUCUGCAUUAUAAAAAAAGAUGUUCAAGUUGUGAAGCUCUAAAAAAAAAAAAGG